UACAUAACUGACCAGCUGAUUCAAGCGCAUGCCAGAAAAAGAAAAGUGUAACCCACGUGAACUUAAUUACUUCGCUUUUUACUAAGAGAAGACUGCCACUUUACAACGUGCCUUUUAUACCUCCAUUUGGGAGGAAAUGUUAAACAUGGAAGGCUCUUUCAGUGUGAAAAAAGGUGCAUGGACUGGGGAGGAAGAUAUUCGACUUAAGCAAUGCAUUGAGAAGUACGGUGAAGGAAAAUGGCACCUGGUUCCUGUCAGUGCAGGCUUAAAUAGAUGUAGGAAAAGCUGCAGACUGAGGUGGUUGAACUACCUGAAGCCAAGUAUCAAGAGAGGAAACUUCGCUGCAGACGAAGUUGAUCUUAUGCUCAGGCUCCAUAAGCUGCUAGGUAACAGAUGGUCACUUAUUGCAGGUAGACUUCCGGGAAGAACAGCUAAUGAUGUGAAAAACUAUUGGAAUACACACCUCCUCAAAAAGGGAAGUUCACACAUCACCAAGCUGAAAGAGAAGCCCCAAGAUAUGAUGAAAGUGAAACUAAUAAAGCCACAACGUAGGAUCUUAUCCAAAAACUUAACUUGGUUAAGUGGGAAACCUGCAAUUGUAGGAAGCUUUCAAAAAAAGGAAGAUAUCAUAGACAUAUCUCAAACAUCAAUGCAAUCGCAGAGUAGGAUUAACUGGUGGGAAAGCUUGUCAAAUUGCGGGGAACUUGAUGAGAGAGCCACAUGUACGCAAUGUGGCAGGUUGAAUGAAGUGCCCAAGGAAACCUUUUCGGCGGAGGAAAUAAUACCAGAGGCAAAAGUUGUGGGGGACACUCUAGAUGAGGAUGUCCUGAAUUAUUGGGGUGACUUCUCCCUUGAUAUGGACCUUUGGGAGGUUCUUAAUGCAGAAUAGGAAUAAUCAUAUAAGGCCAAAAAAACUUGUUUUACAACGUAUCUGUGUAUAAAACGGAUUCAGAUCUUCUAAAUUUUCUAGAGUACUUUACUAAUAAAUUUUUUUAAAUCCUAACCAUUCUUUUUAUGAUUUGAAAGUCUAGAUUCUGCCAUGUAUAAGUAUUCCACUAACAAUAUUCUUAAAAUAAUAUAAUAAUAUUUAUUGUUAAUGGAAUACUGAUAUGACAAAAUCUAAACUAUUAAAUCAUUAAAGAAUGGUUAAAAUUUAAGAAAAUUCAUUUAGUGGAUUAUCCUAGGAAAUCUAGAGGAUCUGAAUCUAUAUAAAACAUAUUACUAUGUAAAACAAAUACCGCCCCUAAUAUAAUAGUCUUUAUAUAAUUUUUCUUAUUAUUAUUGAUCCAGUGUUUUUCCUUAUUAUCAUUGUCCAAAUUAAUUGGAUGUGUGGAGAUUUAUGAAAUAAAAGGACUAGAGGUGGC